AUGGCGUCGGGGGUGCGGUGGGAGGAGGCGAAGGAGGACGUGCGGCCGUUGAACGAGAUGCCGCACGACAUGGCGAAGCAGAUCCUCACGAUCGCACGCGAAGAGAUUCUCCAUGGCCGCGAUGCUCUCCGAAGUUUGGAUGGACUUGCUGAAGAGCAGGGGAUGGAUGUAGACAGGCUGUGUGCAAUCACUGAUGCCAUCGUCUUCAUCGUCAUGGAAGCGGCGAAGUGCAAGAUGAGCGAGCAGGAGUUUCUCAACGUUGUGAGCGGGGUGGGGGUGGAGGAGAGGCUGCAAGAAGAGUUCAGCAGGGUGUAUGGAGAGGUCGUCGACUACUCGCGGGAGAUAUCCUUCAGGCUGCAGCAUGAACUCCCUUCCCUCUCCAGCAUGCAAUGGCGACUCGACGUUCAACUUGGAAGCAGAUGCCUGCAAGGACAAUGCUCGCCGUCGUUGAUGAUGAAGUUCGGGGUUGCGAAAGGGAAGGAGACCACAGAGCACCUCGUGCAGGCUGAAAUCUGUGACGUGCAAAAGAUUUGCGAUGAGAUACAGUCUGCGCUGCAAGAAGCCAAGUCAAAUCAUGCGAGAAAAGUAACGAGAUUGCUUAAAUGA